AUGUGCAAUAAAGGCCAUGCGCUCAAGCAACAUACUCUCAGUAUCGAUUGGCAGAAGCCGUCAUGGUACAAAGAGGCAAAGCGCGAAAAGCACGAGGCUCUGCUAAGGCAGAAGUGUGAGCAAAACCAAGCUCAGGCUGUAGCUACCGAAGGCUCAGGCGAGAAUACUCUGACAGGCACUACCGAUGCCAUCGUCGAUGAGAACACAAAGAUGGAUGAUUCCGAAAAUAUUCAGAACCAUCCUCAAGAGCCCAACCUGAGUGACCAUGUUCCGGAAGAAGACGUGCCUAUGACUGGAGAAAACGCGCCCCAAGAGUCGAUGCGUUCUUCAACCACUGGCUCAUAUGCUUCCUUCACAGAGCCCCCCGUAUUCAGCAUUCACGAAGUCGAACAGUAG